GUUCGCGUUGAAUAAAGCUCAAACGGAGCUCACGAAUUCAAACAGUCUUCUCAAAGCCGUCGACCCACACACACGGAUCUCAUCUCGCUUUGCUGGGCCACCGGUGCGGUGCGUGCUUCAUAUAAAUCAGUCCUUAAACAGUGACUGCCUAGGGUUGAGAGCCGUCGUGGUGACUUUAAACCCUACAAAAAAUACUCUUACUACAAAUUGCAUUGUGCUCUUGAAAAACUGUGGCUACGAAAAAAUAGGCAUAAAAACGACCAAUGACCAAACCCUUAAUGAAUACUGUGUAGAGAGCGCACUUGCAUAAGGGGACACAUGUUGGAAUAAAACUCAUCUGUUGCAUCAGAGUGUAAAAGGUGGUGCAAUUUAAAAGGAAGAGGAACGCUGCUGUCGUCCUUAACGUGUGUCAGCUGCCCAAUGGGCUGAAGGAACUCAAGUAGUCGUGGUAAAAUAAAGGGAGAAGAAAAAGCAGGAGAGAGAAAGUGCAAGGCCGAGAGAGGAUUAUUUUUGAGUGAGACUGGAAAUUAGAAGAAGGGUCUCGCAGUCUCAUCUGUUGUUGGUUGCAUGCUACUUUUUACUUCCAAUCUUACAUGCAACUUGUGCUUCCGGAAUCAAUCAUUUUGCUACCAGGAUAUUAUUACUCGACUAUAAGCCGGUUAUACCCUAAUUUUGUACAAAAUUGAAUAAAACAGCAACGGGAACUUGUACAUAUUUAUGAUCCGAAACAACUCUACUACUACACACACAUAAUUCAUAUUUUUACGGACUUAUUGCUACAUACAACUUUGUGAGAGAAAGUGAAUUUUUGAAUUAAUCUCAACUUUCAUGCUGCAACUUUAUUACCAAAUUUAAUUAGGUGUGCCUUGUAUAUUACAAUCUUGUGCAAAAUAUUGUGUGCUAGCUAAUCGCAUUAAAUUACAUUUACGUACUUAUUAAUGUACCGUUUACGGAGUUGAGUUGAGUUAUUAAGUGGUGCGAUAGAGAAAGAGGGAGAGAAAAGACAAAAUCUAUCCUCACUCAAAACUUUUACAAUGAAAAUGAGGUGGAGCAGCAUGGCGUUGACGGGACUCUGGAUAUUUUCUAUCACAUUUCUAUUCGGAUUAGUUUGCUCCGUGAAAAUUACGGAGCUUCGAGUUCCACAAAAUGUCCUCAACGGAACACAUGAGCCCGUAAUUCUAGACUGUGAUUUCACGCUGGAGGAGGAUGAACACAAGACAGGUGUUGUGGUCAAGUGGUUCUUUAACCGAGGACCCUCUUACGUCUACCAAUGGAUUUACGGCCAAAAACCCGUUGGACUUGGGAUUCUUCGCAACCGUCUGGACUUAGAUUAUGUAGCGUCUGACGAAGAUUGGAAUCGUCACAGAGCUCUUAAAAUUACCAACCCAACGACCGAAUUAACAGGAGAUUGGCUCUGCAGAGUUUCUACUUUCAAGUUGGACGCCAUGAAGACGGCUAAGAUGAUUGUUUUUGCUCCACAGAAAGUUCACGAUAUCGCUCUCGUCUCUCGACCCACAGCAGAUUCUAUAAAUAUUUCAUGUUGGGCGACUGGAGCGUAUCCUGAACCAAAAUUGACAAUAACGUACGGGAAUUACGAACUACCAGAUGUGAGAACGGACUCCUUGUGGAGUGAAGGUGCCUAUAAUGUUGCAGUUCAUACAGAAAUUAAAGAUAGUGACCUUUCAGCCCCUUUGCCAGUUAUUUUUGACUGUGAGCUCAAGAUACCUAAUACUAGCUACAUCCAUCGCAAGAACCUUUUGUACGCAGGACCGAUCAAGGAGACGGAAACAAGUGCAGCGGGUAGCAAAAUGAUGAUGACGGUGGGGACAUUUUUCUACACGAAUCUCCUCAUCGCAUGGGCAAUCUUCAGAUGGACAUAGCAAUUAAUCAAUUUCGACUAAUUAUCGCUGUUACUAAAUUAUAUUAUACUACCUACAAACCAAUUAUGUAAUCACAUUGUCUUGCAGGUUACAAAGUAAAUUACCAACUAGGGCUAAUUUAAUGGAAUGAUACUAGAAAGAGAGACAUGAGGAGGUACUAUUAUGCAUAUGUACUGUGUAAUAACCUGUUACAAGUAGUUAAACAAAUAACCCCUUCGUGUGUGUCACCACAAAUUUUUGACCGUCAAUGUUCAUUUAUACAUACACAAGGAUUAUUUCUUUCGCUUUCAUGCCCAAUAAUAAUGCUACACACAGGUAUGAAGAGGGACUGAUGAAUAAUUGAAGUAUAGCCAAAUUUUUUAACUUUUGCGAGAUUUUAAGGUUCUAAACAGACCCCAAAACAGUAAAACAGGAAUUAGGCUUUCUUAAAAAUUUGUAUGUCUAAAAGAACUAAAGAAACACUGAUGUGGUCGGUAUGUAAGAAGAACUUUAUUGCGUCGUCGUCGGCGAGAUUUGCUAAAUUUGUGUCUCCUCUACUCCUCUUACGAAUUGUAAAACGCAUACAAAAGAAACAACGUUAAUUACCAUUACAUACAUAAUAAUUAUGAUUAUACCAACUUCUACUUAAACACGAGCUUUAUAAAAUUUUAUUAAAAGUGUAAGAUAUCAACCUACUACUGAUUAAUUCAAUAACUAAAAACCCCAAACCAACAUUUAAGGCAAUUUAUAAGUCAUUGAUAAAAGUCAGUCGGGAUGUCAGAGAGUACCGUAUACAUUUUAGUAUUUUAAGCAAUUUGUGUUAUAAAUACCGAUAAUAGAGAAGAAGUAGAUUAUUAUGAGAAACUUGUACCGAAAAUAUUUUAUGAUGUCCAUUAAUCCAUUGUUAAAUCUUUGCAUAUUAAUUAUUAAUUAUGCCGUCUCUCAUCAUCACCUCCACCACAACCACUUACAUCAGACUAUACAUAAUAUUUGUUUAAAGCUCUUGUAUUGUGAGACUUUUUCUCUCUCUGCACUUUCUCCGUCUAUACAAAUUAUUAACUAAGUUAAUCACCAUUAUUAAUUAUUUUUAAUUGUUAUGAAUAUGUUACUGAUUUUUGAACCUCUAGUCUCAAACCCCGUCUACCGACAGUACCGACCGUAUUUAUAUAGAGAUAAAUGGGGAGUAGUUACAUAAGUUGCACUCAACUUUUAGAGCAAAUUGUUGCAGAAUAUAAUUUGGAGUUGUAUUAAUUAAUUAAUUUUAUAGUUACAAAUGAGUCACUCGCGACACAGCAAACCAGCUUGAAUUAUUGUUUUCAACCAAAGAAUGAAUUUAUUAAUAAAGUAUGAAAAUAAAUAAUUUAAAAACCUA